UUCAAAUUAAUAGGAAGGAAAAUAGCAUCUUAACUCAUACAUAAAGCAUUAUUAUUUACUUACUUUAUUAAUAGCCAAGUCACAUGAAAAACAACGGAAAAGAAUAAAGGCGAUUACACAGCAGAGAUCGACGAAGAGUAUGAAGCCAAGGAAUUCAGUUAAGGUUCUUAAAGGUAAAACCAAUAACCAAUUGCUGGGAGACCAAAACGAGCUUGAUUAUAAUCCUGUUGAAGAUAUUAUUGACUCCAAUUCUUGGUUGGAUCAGCAGCUGACCUUUGGAAAUGAGGAAACCCAGCAUCCAAGAGGGAUAUUUAAUCAUCAUAAUACACUAAGCUCAAAGCUUAGUUUUGAAGAAUCGAGUAAUGGAAGGAAAAAAUUAGCCCACAUUACUGAUAUAAAUGAGAAAAUUUCAAAGAGGUCGACCAAGGCGAAAUUGACGAAAUAAGGAUACAUUAUCAAGAAUGAGCUCUUCUUCCAACAAAUAUGUCAUAUACGUCAAAGAUAACACCCUCAGAUCCAAAAAUAGCCAAUCUGAAACAAGUAAAGAGCACGUCCCAGAUAUUAGAGAAAGUGGACUGACUACUUCUCUCAAUCUCUUGCCACCUACUACCAAUAUGAAUGAUUCAGGAAUUUUGCUCAAUUCUCAACUCAACACAAAGAAGAGGAAGAAAAGUAGAUUUCAUGAGUCCUGAAACCUUCUCAAAUUAAACUUUUUCAAACAUAUGAGUCAACAGAGGAUUCAAAAGAUGAACAGCUUCAACAAGUCAAGGCUGAAUAACACUUCCAAUCCAAAGAAGAAACACAAUUAUUUCACUCCAAACCUGAAAAAUCCUGAAGAGUCUAUCCGGUCAAAAUCCAAAAACUCUCUGAUAAAGAAGCAGAAACAUCUUAGUGACAAUAUAUUAAAUAGGAAACAUCCCAAGUUGAAGAUCCAAGUACAGAAACAUAUGCUAGAGCUUAAGGAAAAUGAAGACAAGUCCACUGAUAAAUUAUAUGGUCUCGAAGAACUCACCAGCAUGAGUGCUUUUCAUCAAGGACGGAAGAAAACACCCCAAUUUAAGACUAACACAGAGUCAGAUAAAGGAAAUAGCUCUGGUAAAAAUUCUCAGGAUACAGAUACCAUCAGCCUUGGGUCUGAUGAGAAUGAUAUUCCUCUUCUCCAAGUCACAAGUUCUCAUGAUAAGAAGGCCAAGAGAAGUUCCUUAGCUGUUAACCCUUCCAGUAAAAUAACAAUGAUUAACUUAAAAUCUUUUACCUUGACAUAAGCUCUGGUAAGCCAAAGAACCAAGACAAAAGAGAUACUACAAAAG